UUAUAUUAAGGGUGGCUGAGGGGACAUGUGUUGUUGUUGCGGCGGUGUUGAGAGGCGGCGUCUGGUCCACGCCUGGCUCCUCACAUCUGUCUCGCUGUGUACACCUGUCUUCUCGUCACACGCCACACACACCUGUCUGGCUCCGUACCGUACACCUGAGAAGCAGUUCUCUACCUGUUGAUCAGUGUUGGAAGGUGUGGGAGGCAGCAUGGCGGAGGAGGAGAGCGCAGAGGGGGUCAACGUGCUGGUCAAGUUCAUAACCAAGCAGGAGCAGUAUGCUGUCCCUGGAGCAUCGGUCUCGGUGAUGGCCAAUAUUACUGUUGCCGGAUUGAAUAAAGUUAUCAAAGCUUUUAUCAAGCGUUGUUCAAGUGACCAGAAAGAUCUUCCCCAGUUUGAGUUCAUUGUGAAUGGACAGCUUUUAGUUGGGGUCCUCAAGGAAAGGUUGGAAGAGUGUGGAGUGAGCCUUGAGUCUGUGGUUGAAAUUGAAUACCUAGAGAAACAGCCUCCACCUACUCCAAAGGAUUCUUUGCAUCAUGAUGAUUGGGUGGCAGCUCUACAGUGCAGCAACCAGUGGUUGUUGACAGGUUGCUAUGACAACACACUGCACCUGUGGGAUGUUGCUGGCCUAGCUGCAGGUCAGGGGGAUCGUGCCCACACACUCACCAUACCUGCACACAGGGCACCUGUCAAGGCCGUUACCUGGGUCCACACAGACUCCCCUACCAAAACAUUUAUUAGUACAUCAAUAGACCAGACGGCAGUAAUAUGGGUGUGGCAGAGCGAAACUAACACUGUAGAGUGUGUGAGUGAGUGCCGUGGACACACUCAGAGUGUUGAGUGCGUUGCAGUCGACCACAGCAAAAAGUUUUUUGCGACUGGCUCUUGGGACAACAUGUUGAAGAUUUGGUCUACAGGUGACAAAGGUGUUGAGGAGGAGGAUGCCGAAGAGGAACAGGACUCAAAGAAAAGACGAGCAGCUAAGAAGCCUCAGAAGAAAACUCCAAUUAUUACACUUGCUGGUCACUCCGAAAGUGUUGGAGGAGUUGUGUGGACAGGCAACAGAGAGGUGGCCACUGCCUCCUGGGAUCAUUCUCUCCGUAUUUGGGAUACCGAGAUUGGAGGAGUAAAAUCACAAAUCAAUGGAAAUAAUGCAUUCUUUGCUGUUUCGUGGUCACCUCUUAACCACCUCCUUUUGACGGGAUGUGCAGACAGGUUCAUAAGGAUGUAUGAUCCACGUAUCACAGAUGGCUCUGUCGUGCAACAAAAGUUUUCAUCACACACUAAAUGGGUUCCAAGUGUGAAGUGGAGCACCACAAAAGAGCAUCUUUUUGUGUCCGGAGGCUAUGACAACCUAGUCAAGCUCUGGGAUAGCAGAAGUCCCAAGGCUCCCCUUUAUGAUCUCUCCGGUCAUGAAGAUAAAGUUUUGGCGGUAGAUUGGUCACAUCCUGAUUUCAUCGUCAGUGGUUCUUCAGACUGCACAGUAAAAGUUUUCUCCAAUGGAAAACCAUAAAAUGCUAUGAUUAACUAAUUAUACACCUUGGUAUCUUUUUAACAUUAAAGUAAUGCUAUUACUUUUGUGUUUUUAAAAUUGUUCCUUUGUUGCAUGUUGUUGGUAACCAAAAUAUUUACUUUUAUUCCACCAAGCAAAUUUCCAUACAUAUAAUAUUGUAGUCCAGGGUGAGCUGUAAAAAGAAUGAUGAGACUUUAUAUGAGGAAGAAGAAUCAUGUGCAACAAUGGGGAAUUGGUGAAACUUGUAAAUAAAGUGUAUAGUUGUGGAAUACUCGUUUAAUGUCAAAUGUCUCAAGUCAUGCUCUCCUUCUCGGUGCAAGUUGAGACACCGAGCCACUUACAAUAAUGUUAUGAUGCUUGGUGUGCUUUGACCACCCAUUUACUUAUGAAUGGAUUAAGGUUUGCAUACAAGCUUCCAAUUAUUUACAAUUUUGUACACAUACUUGGUGUUUUGUAGGCACACAGGUAGCUCUAUGAUAGCCUCUUCCACUGAAGAGUAGGAAUUUAUUUAAAACUUUUAAAUUUUCUGCAUUCACUUUUACAUUUUGAAUGAAUUAUUCAAUUUUACUGAUCUUAUUUUCUAUUUAUUAAGUUUGCAGAAUCUGGCAGUGAUAUUAAUGAAAUAACCAUGUCAUGUGUUGACAGUUGGAAAAGUCUGGUAUAACAUGUGAGAUGAUACACAUACGCACACAUGAUAUUUAGUGUAUCCACAUCCAAUAGUUAUGAAUUCUAUAUUGUGUGUAAAUUUCAAAUUAAAAUUUAGAAUUCACUCUUUAAUAAAAAUUAAGAGAUACACAGGUUUGAAUAAACUGAACAAUAUUUGAAUUUUAGCAUGCAUCAGCAUUUCUAUGCAAAAAUUGUGUGGAGACAAAUAUAUGAACAACUAGGUGAGCUGAAUUAGUUUUAAUUUGCUUCUGAGACCAAACACAGUUCAGACUUCAUCCAUACAUAAUCCCUCAUAACUUUGCAACGAUAUGUGAUGACGCUGAUCAAGCACAUGUUUCACUGGAUGGCGCCCACUGGAAUACCAGCUCAACUAGCUAUAGGUUCUUAAAUUAUGUAAAGGUGUAUAUAUAUAUAUUGCCUUUGUUUGCUCAAGUCAGUUUGAAGUAAAUAUUUAUGGUUUGUGUAUUCAAUGAGAUAAAUUCCUUGUGAAAGCUUGACUAUAACACUUGUGUGUCAUAUUGUGUAUUAUCAGCUUGUGUUAAAAAAUGACUUUUAGAAUUAAUGCAGGUAAAUUAACACAAAAAUACUUUGUAUUCAUUAUAAACUGUAAAUAACUGAAGAGUUUGUUAAGUAAAUCUCCUGUACACACAUUAAUUGGAUGGUGUAUUACGUGUAAUUGUGCCGAGACAAAUAAACCUAUAGUUUUAUAGCUGGGAA